CGAGAACAUACGCGCAUAUUUAUUUUAUUUUAGUUUCCUUGAAAAGGUCCACGUGUACGACACGUUUGAGCUGACUGGACGCGCGUGGAGGGCAAAGUUCACACGGAGGCAAGAUGGCGGCUUCCUGUGACAGUUUGUUGCCGCUGCUUCUGUUGUUGUGUCUGAGCGCUCAGGCUGUGGACCGCAGCAACUUUAAAACAUGCGACCAGAGCGCUUUCUGCAAGCGUCAGAGGGAGCUGAAGCCGGGCCAGUCUCCGUACAGAGCUCUGCUGGACACGCUGGAGCUGAGCGACUCCAGACUCACCCUGCAGCUCAUCAAUGACAACAACAAGGUUCGCUUGUUGCUGGAGCUGUACAGACUGCAGGGCAACAUGACACGGGUGAAGAUUAAUGAACUCAAACCACUUAAGCCUCGUUACGAGGUUCCAGAUGUACUCAUCUCUGAUCCCAUUACCGAAACGCUCUCCGUGGUGGCUCAGGAUGAGAAUAGUCUGGUUUUGUCUCUGGGCGGCAAAGAUCAGCGUCUCAUCGUAAGUGCUCAGCCAUUUCGGCUGGACAUUGUUGAGGGUCCUCAAGUGCUCAUGUCACUCAACUCCCGUGGCCUGUUAGCCUUCGAGCACCUACGGGCACGCAAGGACACUAUCUCUCAUAAAAUAAGUAGCACAGUUGGUAGCAUGUGGGACUCGCUCAAGAGCAUUUUCUCUAGCAAAAGUGAGUCAGAGCAAGCGACCGAACAGGAGAAUGUGGAGCAGCAAACCAAUGAGGAUGGACAGAUAAAAGAAGAAGAAAGUAAACCAGGCAUGUGGGAUGAAACAUUUAAAUCUCAUACUGAUUCAAAGCCCAAUGGUCCAUCAUCUAUUAGUUUAGAUUUUUCUCUACCUGGUGUGGAACACGUCUAUGGCAUUCCGGAACACGCAGAUACAUUUAAACUCAAAAACACAGAUGAUUCAGACCCAUAUCGGCUGUACAACUUGGAUGUUUUUCAGUAUGAGCUACACAACCCAAUGGCCCUUUAUGGGGCAGUUCCUGUCCUGAUAUCUCAUAGCACUGACCGCACCAUGGGCAUCUUCUGGCUCAAUGCAGCAGAGACAUGGGUGGACAUCAGCUCGAAUACAGCAGGAAAGACAAUGUUUGGAAAAAUACUGGACUUUGUACAAGUUUCUAGUGAAGCUCCUCAGACAGAUGUACGCUGGAUAUCUGAGAGUGGUAUUAUUGAUGUCUUCAUAAUGCUGGGACCAAAACCUGCGGAUGUCUUCACUCAGUAUGCCUCGCUUACAGGUACUCAGUCUUUUCCUCCUCUCUCUGCGCUGGCAUAUCAUCAGUGCCGCUGGAACUAUAAUGACCAAGAAGAUGUAAAGACUGUCGAUCAGGGCUUUGAUGAGCAUGACAUCCCGUAUGACUUCAUUUGGCUGGACAUUGAACACGCAGAUGGUAAGCGCUACUUCACCUGGGAUCCCAGCAAGUUCCCCCAACCUAAAGAAAUGCUGCAAGGUCUGAUGGACAAAAGACGCAAAUUAGUGGCCAUUGUAGAUCCUCACAUCAGGGUGGACAGUGGCUACAGGAUUCACAAUGAGAUUCGCUCCAAAAACCUGUAUGUCAAAAACAAAGAUGGAGGAGACUACGAAGGCUGGUGCUGGCCAGGUAAUUCAGGCUAUCCAGACUUCACUAACCCUGAGAUGAGAGCCUGGUGGGCCAGCCAGUUUGCCUAUGACCAGUACGAGGGUUCCAUGGAGAAUCAGUACAUCUGGAACGACAUGAACGAGCCGUCUGUGUUUAAUGGGCCUGAGGUCACCAUGCACAAAGAUGCACUUCAUGGUGUCUGGGAGCACAGAGACGUUCACAACCUUUAUGGCCUUUAUGUGCAAAAAGCGACCGCCGAUGGCCUGAUUCAGCGUUCAGGAGGAGUGGAGAGACCUUUCGUUCUGACUCGAGCAUUUUUUGCUGGAUCCCAGCGUUACGGUGCAGUGUGGACCGGAGAUAACGCUGCCGAAUGGGGCCAUCUGAAGAUCUCCAUCCCCAUGUGCUUGAGUCUGGGUUUAGUGGGCAUCUCAUUUUGUGGAGCUGAUGUUGGUGGUUUCUUUAAACAUCCCAGCGCUGAGCUUUUGGUGCGAUGGUACCAGGCGGGAGCUUACCAGCCGUUUUUUCGUGCACAUGCUCACAUAGACACACCUCGCAGGGAGCCCUGGCUGUUUGGACCCGAGAACACCGCUAUCAUCCGGGAGGCCAUACGCCAGCGAUAUGCUCUCCUGCCGUACUGGUACCAGCUUUUCUACAACGCACACCGCACCGGACAGCCUGUUAUGAGACCUUUAUGGAUAGAAUAUCCUGAAGAUGGCGCUACUUUUUCAAUUGAGGAUGAGUACUUGAUUGGAAAGGAUUUGCUGGUGCAUCCCGUCACUGAUGAGGGCGCUACUGGUGUUACUGCCUAUCUGCCUGGGAAAGGCGAGGUCUGGUAUGAUGUUCACACUUUCCAGAAGCAUGAUGGAGAUCAGAGCCUCUACAUUCCUGUCACCAUGAGCUCUAUCCCAGUUUUCCAGCGAGGAGGGUCCAUUAUCUGCAGAAAAGACCGUGUUAGGAGAUCUUCGUCCUGUAUGGAAAACGACCCGUACACUCUUUAUGUUGCUCUCAAUUCUCAGGGCUCUGCUGAAGGAGAGCUGUACAUCGAUGACUUCCACACAUUCAGCUAUAAAGAAGCAAAGCAGUUUGUCCACAGACAUCUGUCCUUCUCUGCCGACACGCUGUCUUCCAGGAAUCUGGCCCUAGACUCCCAGUUUUCCACUGCCUCUUGGAUAGAAAAGAUUGUGAUCUUCGGAGGCAGUCGACCGUCCUCUGCCACACUGAAAAAUGCAGAUGGUACAGAGUCAGCUUUAGAGUUUGAGUUUGACUCUUCACUCGCAGUUUUGACUCUACGUAAGCCAGGGGUCAGUGCGGCGGCAGACUGGACCGUAGUCUUGCGGUAACACCGGGACGACGUGCAAACAACGGAGAAAAGAUAAGCACUUGACCAGACACGAUUACAAAAUGAGAGACCAAACAAGGAACGGGAACAUGCAUAGAGGAACCGAGGAAUCAGAUGUUUUUAAGACCAUAUAUGUGUUAGGGUUAGGUAAAUUUUGAGAAGCCAUCAGUGAAGUACAGGACCAGUGUAUUAAGAGAGGGGUUUGAUGACAUUCAGCUCUGUUUUUCACAGAGCAGGCUGAAACUUCUCUUUUAGACAUGCUUUUGACAUUCAAAUUAACAAAAUUAAAAACUGGUUGAAAGUAAAAAAAAAAAAAUGUAGAUGAUGUUGAUUUAUAAUUUUUUCUUUUUCUGUCUCAGGUCGUUAAGUGUUUUGGCAUUAAAAAUAAAUUUUAACCUUCAAAAAUUAAAAAUCAUGUGCACCGAGAUAUGCUUUUUUUUUUUAAUGGGCAAUUAAGAAACUGGAAAUUAUGAAUAGUCAAAAAUAUUUAAUAUUUUACAUUAAAUCUCAUGAAACCAGUUAUUUCACUCCAGAAUCUAAAGAAAUAACUACAAUUUCAUUAUACAUAUUAAUAAAUCUACUUUAGGACCAUUGUUUUAGUGGCUUAGCUCUUUUAAAACCAAAUUCUCAUUUGAGUAAGACAUUUUCUGAAUCUCUAUUAAAUAGACUAUAAGGGACCGUUUUCAAAAACUAAAUGACCAAUGGAAAAUAAAUUUAGUUGGUAAUAUUUUAAAAUGAAUUAAUAGAUGUUAUUAUUUAUACCUUUGUUUACUAGAGCACUGACGCCAUCAGUUAUUAGUAGUAAGGUUUUGUUAAAAUAAAGAGAAUAAGAGUGUAGAAACGGGGCUUGGUAAAGGUCUUUGAGGCUGUUGUUUGAAAGAGACCGAUGAGUUUGAGCAGCAAAAAAAAAAAAGAGCAACCUUGAAACUCUGAUUAAAUUACCCAAGUUUUUUCAACGCUGAGCAGUCAUGAGGAUUGAUUUUGAAGGAUUUCAACGGAAUAAAAUGGAUUUAAAUAUAAAAAACAGUAAGAAAAGCACACGAAAACGUAAAGUGUCAUUGCAGUAAAUGUCUCUGGCGUAGGAAUGGUAGAAAUAAAAGUGGCUCAUCUGA